ACUCAUUCUGGCCAUAAGCGAAAGUAACGGCAGAGACGAAACUAUUGCGAGUUAUUCACAUUUAACGUAAAACAACGCAGCGGAGUGCUGAGCAAAAAAAAAGAAAAAAACAGAUAAAGAGCAUAUACCCCAAAAAACAAGUGAAGAUAAUUGAAGAAAAAAAGUAUAUACCGUGUGGAAAAUCGAAUUGGAAAUCCAAUUGGAAUAAAAUUUGAAAAAAAAGAAAACUUUUCAAAAGUUUCAAACAUUGGUGAAUAAUCCAAAAAAUGCUCAGAAAAUAAUUUUUUAAAAAUAAACUAAAUAAACGCUACAAAAAGAUAACAAACGGUUUAAUAAAAAAAAACAGCAACAUAAGGAAUACAAUCUAAAAAAAUGGGUGACGAAUACUCAAAUAAUCCCGAUAUAAGCGCUAUGACAACAAUACUUCCCGCUAUAUUGGGCCUCGUGUCGGCCGGUGCCCUUUGGGCGGUGGCCUGCAUAUGUGCCCGCCAAAUGAGAGCUCGUAAUCGCAAACAGAAUCAACACGAUGCCACAUUUCCCUUUCAACCGACACGACGUCCGACAGCUGUUCGUUCGCCUAGUGGCCAGCCACCACACUAUCUGAAGAAGUCACCAUCGCCAACGGGUACCAAGCAAUUGGGUAUCCUACAACCAAUGCCCGAUCAGAAUGCCUCAUCGCCAAUCUCGCCACAGACUGUCAAGUAUAUGGAAGAGGAUGAGAUAAAACCCAAACAGGUGAAAUAUAACGGAGGCAGUGAGAAACAUUCCCCUGUGGAGGCUAAGAGUCCCAGUGGUAGUGGUGGUGCGAACAAUGGUGUCGUUGCCGGUAGAUCCAGUCAGAUGGGCAAUGCCAUGCAAGAGUCGAUGAUUAGCAAUGCCAGCACCGAUCUGCAUUUGGAACAGUACGGCAAACUGGGUUCCAUAUUUUUCAAGCUACGUUAUUUGGCCGAACGAAAUGCCCUGAUGGUGUCGAUCAUCCGUUGCCGUGGUUUACCCUCGAAGAGUAGUGGCGGCAAUUCGAACAAUCCCUCGACUAGCAACAAUGGCAGCGAUAUUCCAGCCGGCAUGAAUGGCCGUACCCAGGCCGCCACUGAUCCCUAUGUCAAGUUGCAGCUGCUGCCCGACAAACAGCACAAGGUCAAGACCCGCGUUGUGCGCAACACUCGUAACCCGGUCUACGAUGAGGAUUUCACUUUCUAUGGCUUGAACAUCAAUGAUUUGCAGAAUAUGUCAUUGCAUUUUGUCAUCCUGAGCUUUGAUCGUUAUUCGCGUGAUGAUGUCAUUGGCGAGGUUGUCUGUCCAUUGUCGAGCAUUGAAAUCGGUGACAUUUCCAAGGAGGCUUUGUCCAUUAGCAAGGAAAUUCAACCACGUAGUUUGAAGAUACGGGCCCAGGGACGUGGCGAACUUUUGAUAUCGUUGUGUUGGCAACCAGCCGCCGGACGUUUGACAGUGGUGCUGUUGAAGGCCCGCAAUCUACCACGCAUGGAUGUGACCGGUUUGGCUGAUCCCUAUGUCAAAAUCUAUUUGUUGUACAAUGGCCAGCGCAUCGCCAAGAAGAAGACACAUGUCAAGAAACGCACACUGAGUCCUGUUUUCAAUGAGAGUUUUGCUUUCGAUAUUCCCGCAGCUGAGGGAACUGGAGCGACUUUGGAAGGAGUGUCACUUGAGUUGAUGCUGUUAGACUGGGAUCGUGUUACCAAAAAUGAGGUUAUUGGACGACUUGAAUUGGGUGGACCCAAUUCGAAUGGUACAGCCUUAAAUCACUGGAAUGAAGUGUGCAACUCACCACGAAGACAAAUUGCCGAAUGGCACAAAUUAAAUGAGUAAAUGCAAGUGGAUGGCCAGUUAAAAAGGCUCUCUCGAAAGCCCACAAUCUUUGCAGAAUUUCAAAACUGAGACACAUACACACACAAAUUAAUAGGCAAAAAACCAAAACCAAAACAAA